GUCUUGGUCACUUUAGCCCCUGGCUCCUCUUUCUUUCUCUUGCAUUCUUUUCAUCGCUCGCAAUGUCCACGGCAUACGCCUACGGCCAGUUUCGGAAGGCUCUUCUGGCCGCCUCGACUCACGGCGACGAGGAGGUCCGCGAUCGUGCUGGCGCUCGUGCGGAGAAGUGGGCACUUGCCAUCGACGGUAUCAAGGAUGGCAAGAUCACGAUAGGCUCACGGAAGCCCGCAAAGGACCUCCCGACGUGGGUGACGCUCAAAGUGCUCUGGGGCGGCUACACGACAGGCGAGGCAUUGGCAGAGACAGCUCUCGAGCCGGACGAGAUCGAGCUCGCCGAACGCCUCGGUCUUCCCGACGGAAAUGAGCGUCGCGCACAGAUAUUUGCGUAUUACCUCUCUGACACUGGCCUUGCCGAGCUUUACGCUCUGCUCGACUCGGGGCUGUAUGCCGUCAAGGUUCCGGAAGAAGCAGCGCUGCUCACUGUCGCAUGGCUUCUUCGCGCCGGCGACGAGGGAGGGGCUCUCGCCAUUCUCGAUUCCAUCCAACCAUAUUCAGGGCGCUUCCGCUUUGCCCCGCGACGGGAUGCCACUCUCAUCCCGCCAGGGCACACGUUCCGCAUGAGUGUCAGUGAAGCCCGACAGGCUCUCAAGGCGCGCCACUCGCCGCCAGUCAUCGAGAGUAUGCUCGAGACCCUCCGCGUUUGGAACCCCUACGCUGAUCGUCUCCUCGCUUUAUGGUACCCUUGUGUGGAGGAUGGCACCUUUAAGCUGGGCGACGAGGCGUGGAAGCAGUCAGCGGCCAACCUGGCCUCCGAGUUCGUAUCUCUCAAGAAGAAGUAUCCGUUGAGCCGCAAAGUCGUGCGCAAGGGCAGCAAUAUUCAAUGGCUGGUCUCCGCUGCAAGUGCCGCUUCAUCGGCCGAGACCGCCCUGACGCGGGUCUUGGCUGGCCGCGUGCGUAAAGCUGUUGUGGACAUGGUCAAGAAGCGUGGAGCCCCAGGGUCGGAUAAACUCACGGAAACUCGCCUGCGGCAGACAACGGUCGCUGAAAUGCAGUCCUCAACGCAGCUGGCCACGAUUGCGGCUGAGCGUUUGACCGAACCUUUGCAACAGAUGGGCCUAUUGGACCCGACGGAGUAUACUGGGCCAGUCACCGCCGCAGAGUCAAUGGCACACGGCGUCGCGGCAAAUACACCCAUGCCUGAUUUCGUCGACCGCAUCCUUAAGCGCACGAGGGUUGCGCCUGUCGAUGAUCUGGAGGUCCCUUCCGCUGAGGCGUACGCGGUCUUGGUGCCUGUAUAUGUCUCUGGACUUGUCGCUGAACAGUAUCCCACUGCUCUCGGUCGCGUCAUGGCCCUCAACUAUCAGGCGUUCAGCGCCCGGCGUUCGUUGCUCUUGCUUAAUCUUGAGCAUCAGGUGCGGCUGGGCGAGCUGCCAUGGGUCGACGCUGCUGAGCCCCAUGCAAAUCACACGGGUGGUCACAUCACCACCUUGACGGCCUUGGGUCAUAUCGGAGAGAUCGCCAUCGCGCGAUGGCCAGGUACAAUCCUUGCCAACAAGCUAGUAUCGCAGAUGAACAACCUGGCGCUUCUUCGUCACCUCGACAUGCGGCGCGUCCCACUUGUCGAAGAGCUUGCUGCAGACAUCUUCAUGGGGACAUUUUCUAGCAAGUUUACCAUGGCUGCCAAGAUUGCCGCCGACCUUGCUGGGCCUCUCUACAUCUCAUACUACGACAUUGACACCAAGGCAGUCGACGCUCUCUGGCCGCCCACCGAGCGAAACCCACUUGAAGGCGCUAUCCAGGAAGAGACUGCGCAGGAGAUUCGAGAUGCGGAGUCCACAGAGGGAGUAGAGCAUGACAAAGCACGCGUGGAGCUCGACUUCGCACACAUGUGUUUCGAUCGCGCGAACGAGAAACCAGGAUGGAGUUCGACGGCACGUCACGGCAAGGUCAUAGAGCAGUCGCAGAUCCUGACAACACACAACUUAGCUACGAUCGUGUCGCUAGGCGCAUCACUGCCGUGGGCGAGCCUUGCGAAGCGCGCAUGGGCGGAGUGCGUGCAUCUCCUGCGACUGGCAUGUCGCGACCCCCGGCCGCUGAGAAAAGUGAAAAAUGCGGCCUACGCAUGGCGUCAGGCCGUAUUCUUUGCCUCUCUUGCUGGCGAAGAGCAGCCGGACAUCAUUGAGGCUAUGGAAAAGGACCGCGCCGCGCUACCCGCUCUCGGGCUUGUCAUUGAUGGUCUGAGGGACAUCCACGGCGGGAGCGCUUUCGAUGCGGAGGGCAAAAGCACACACGGCCGGCGUCUGCUUGGCUGGACAGUGGGGCCACACUGGAUCCUGGAGAAUGCUCGCAAACCGCGAAAGUAGUGCAUGCUGAGGUAGAGGAGCUCAGUGCCCAUAGGUGCACAAAUAGUCAAGCAGAGAGGGAGCGAUACCCUGCAUUGCAUGCGGUGAUGCGUUGUGUCAGCUAUCGAUAAAUUGCGAGCAUUGCAGCCAUGGAUGAGAUUAGGGUUCAAGCUGAGACUUCCUGUGGACUCUAUUAUCGCGGCGGGACAGGCACCAUCUGACGAUGCAUGCCACGCUCCCCUCGCAACAAUAGCGAGCCACGCCCAGGCCUCGAAUG